CCGGCCCCAGCAGUGCCCGGCGCGAAGGCGCGGACGUCCGGAGCCCGCGAGUGUCCCCGGCCGAGGUCCGAGGAGGCACCCACGUAUACACACACCCGGCGACGAGGCACAGCGGAGAGGGGUGACCAACAUGCGCCAUCGGAUCGCGCCCGCCACGCGCCCCCCGCACCGCGUCUGAGCCGGGCGGCGAGUUCAAGCCCAGCCCCGCUGCCCGUGCGGCCGCACCAUGAGCCACGGGGCGAGCCCGCGCCUGGCCGAGUCCCCGCAGCUGUCCAAGGGCAGCCUGCUCACCAUCCUGGGCAGCCCCGUGCCGCCCGAGCGCGGCGGGGACUCCCUGCCGCCCACGCCGCCCAGCGGCACGCCCUCGCCGGGGCCGCAGCCGCCGCCGCUGCCGCUGCCGCUGCCCCUGCCCCCGGCGCCCGCGCUGCUGGCCGACGGCGACUGGGAGAGCCGCGAGGAGCUGCGGCUGCGGGAGCUGGAGGAGGCGCGCGCGCGCGCGGCGCAAAUGGAGAAGACCAUGCGCUGGUGGUCGGACUGCACGGCCAACUGGCGGGAGAAGUGGAGCAAGGUGCGCGCCGAGCGGAACCGCGCGCGCGAGGAGGUGCGCCAGUUGCGCCAGCGCCUGGACGCGCUCACCAAGGAGCUGGCGGGCGCGCGGCGCGAGCGCCAGGAGGCGCAGGGAGAGUGCGAGGCGCGGGGCCGCGAGCUGGCGCGGCUGCGGGGCGCCCGCGACGGUCCCGAGACGGAGCCCGAGAGGGAGCACGAGCCGGUGCGCGACGUCGGGUCCGAGAGGCCCCAAGGCAGCCAGGAGCUGGAGCUGGAGACCCUGCUGAAGAGCAGAGCCGAGGAGCCGGACGGCGGCUGGGAGGCGAGCAGCCUCGGGGCUGGGGCCCGCCGGGGCAGCGUGGGCCGCCUGGAGAGAAGCCGGCUGCCCUGGGAGGACGCGGUGGCCACGGAGGAAGACGCCUCCAAGCUGACCGCCCUGCGGCUGCGGCUGGACGAGUCCCAGAAGGUGCUGCUGAAGGAGCGCGAGGAUAAGCUGGCCCUGAGCAGGAGCAUCGAGAAGCUGGAGGGGGAGCUCAGCCAGUGGAAGAUCAAGUACGAGGAGCUGAGCAAGGCCAAGCAGGAGAUGCUCAAGCAGCUGAGUAUCCUGAAGGAGGCCCACCAGGACGAGCUGGGCCGCAUGUCCGAGGACCUGGAGGACGAGCUGGGGGCCCGGUCCAGCAUGGACAGGAAGAUGGCCGAGCUGAGGGGUGAGAUGGAGCGGCUGCAGGCGGAGAACGCGGCCGAGUGGGGGCGCCGCGAGCGGCUGGAGACCGAGAAGCUGGGCCUGGAGCGGGAGACCAAGAAGCUGCGGGCGCAGGUCGGGGACCUGGAGGAGGCGCUGGCCCGCCGGCGGCGCCAGGCCACCAGCGCCCUGGACUGCGACCUGCGGGCCAGCCAGGCCGCGCUCUUCGAGAAGAACAAGGAGCUGGCCGACCUGAAGCACGUGCACGGGAAGUUGAAGAAGCAGCUGCAGGAGAAGGUGGCUGAGCUGGCACAUGCCAACCGGCGGGUGGAGCAGCAUGAGGCCGAGGUGAAGAAGCUGCGGCUCCGGGUGGAGGAGCUCAAGAAGGAGCUGGCCCAGGCGGAAGACGAGCUGGACGAGGCCCACAACCAGGCGCGUAAGCUGCAGCGGUCGCUGGACGAGCAGACGGAGCACGGCGAGAACCUGCAAGUGCAGCUGGAGCAUCUGCAGUCCAGGCUCCGCCGGCAGCAGCAGAACGCCCCGCUCUUUGGCAAGAUCCGCAGCGCUCGCUUUGGGAGCGAGGAGGCCGCGGACGGAGCCAGCGACCUGGACGAGGACGAGGACCUGCAGCUCCAGGUGUCCUGAGCGCACCCCCCACGCCGCGUCCCGCACGUCUCCUCUCCACCAAAGCACGCAAGCCGGGCAGGGUCCACCUGUGCCCGUCGUAGGCGGCAGUGCCCAGUCCCGACGCUCAGUCCGGGGUCACAGACACAGCGCUCACUCGCACCUGGCCUCAGCGACCCCCGCACCCAGCCCCUUUCUGCCUGGGGAGAAAAGCGGGUGUCGAGACCCCCCCAUACACACCCGCCCUGGGCUGCGGGAUUGGGCGGGACCCCUCCUUGUACAGUGUGGUCACCUCAGCCUGUGGUAAUAAAGGGAC